AUGGAUAUCGCUGCAGAGCUAGGUCAUCUCUCGAUCUUGCAAUGGCUCCAUGUAAACCGUAGCGAAGGGUGCACCACGGAAGCUAUGGACAAUGCGGCCGCAGUGGGGAACCUCGAGAUUGUUAAGUGGCUUCAUCUGAAUCGAGGCGAAGGCUGCACCAAGCAGGCCAUGAAUGAUGCUGCAGCUAAUGGGCACCUUGCAGUGGUCGAGUGGCUUCAUGAACAUCGUGGCGAGGGGUGUGAUAAGUCAGCUGUAAGCAAUGCCGCAGCCAAAGGACAUCUUGCAGUCGUGCGUUUUCUUCUUGAGAAUCGCCGGGAGGGCUCAACGGGGGAUGCUAUGUGCCAGGCAGCAGCAAGUGGCCAUCUCGAAAUGGUGCAGUGGCUGUAUGUGAAUCGCGGUGACAGUCAUGUGGGGGCUGCCUUACGGUGCGCCGCUGAACAUGGACACGCAACGGUCGUUGAAUGGCUGUACUGGAUUUGGCCAAGCUACUCGAACGGAAGUUAA